CAUUACAUAAUGAACGUAUUCUUAAACGUAUAUAUACUCUGAAGUAUAUGUGAAGUAUAUGUGAAGUAUAUGAAGUACUGGUUACAGUACCACCACCCUUUGGAAUCAGUCGUCAGAAUCUUUCAAGCGUCACUCUAGAGUAUCAUUAUUUAACAUGAGUCUUCAGGAUAUUAUAGAACCGGAGAAAGUAGAGGAGGUGUUAUUGUCUCAUUUAAAGGAAAAUAAGAUCUUCCUGAAAGGACCAAAACCGUGGACUAUUCGUUCUUCACUAUUGGGUGGUCGUGGCAUGUUCGCCACCCGAGACAUCAAACAAAAUGAAUUAAUAUUCAUUGAUUCGCCUCUAUUAGUCGGACCUAAAUACACAGGCAAAUAUUUUGAAAUGUGCGUAUCAUGUUACAAGAACGAAUGCGCAUUAUUUCCGUGCGACAGAGGUUGUGGCUUGCCAGUUUGCUCGACUCAAUGUGAAAAUUCGCCAAAGCAUGUGAAUUAUGAAUGUGAAUAUCUUAAAUCAUUGGUACCGACUUGCGGUACCGAUUGGUCCCCAAACUUAUUACUGGCUGUGGUACCCAUUCGUGCACUCUUUCUAACGGAACAACAGCGUAAAUGCUUGGCAACGCUUCAGUCUGAUAAAAAUCUGACUUGUUAUCCCGAGAUCGAACAAUUGAAAAAGAAUGUGACCAAUUCUCCAAGCGAGGAAGAUAUGGAUUUGAUGAAGCAUGUGUGCAGAAUACUUAAUACGAAUUCGUUUGAAACGAUUAUGGUCCACGACAAGGAGCAUUCUGCGAGUUUACGAGGACUUUAUUCUAUUGCCUCGUUCCAAAAUCAUUGUUGCGUACCGAAUACGAGACAUCAUUUCGAUGGAGAAUUGCGGAUGUAUGUUAGCGCUGCCCUUCCGAUUGCUGCUGGAGAGGAGAUCACUAGCACUUAUACAAGUUUAUUUUGGGAUACAACAUUACGGCGGAAAUUUUUAAGUGUAACUAAACACUUCUCCUGCAUGUGCAAAAGAUGCAGUGAUCCUACGGAAUUUAAAUCUAGGCUAGGUGCACUGUUAUGCGCAUCUGACAAAUGUUCCGGAGAGUUAUUACCCCUAGAUCCUCUUAAUAUGACUACUCCUUGGAUUUGUGAUAAAUGUGCCAUAACCCUAAAUCAUCGGCAGAUAUGUUCGAUUCGUUCAGGUAUAGCGGGAAUCAUAAAGGAAGUUUUAUGCAAAACACCACGCGAGAUCUAUAAGUUUCUGCAGAAGGAGCUUUCACUUUUGACUCCUUGGAGCAAUUACUGUAUUGUAGAUAUGAAGUUUCGAAUUGUUUCGUAUUAUGGCAGGAGUGAUGGCGCCAAAUGGGAAGAUUUAAGUGAUACUGAGCUGAAUCUAAAAGCGAAAUUCUGCAACGAUUUACUUUCUGUACUGGAUACUUUAAAUUGUGGUGAUUGUAGAAAAAGAGGUCUUAUUUUAUAUGAACUAUAUUGCACAAAUCUUGAAAAAAUAAAACGAUCUAAACAACAACCAAAUAUUGAGGAACUUGAUGAAAAUCAACGUAUAUUAAAAAAGGCAAUCGUUAUACUACAAAACGAUAUUAUUUCGGCUGUUACAUUUGAAUAUGAUAAAAACUAUUUUAAACAACCAAUUGCUGUAUAAAAGAUAUUAUCGACGAAUAAAACAUAAAAUAUACUUAUAACCGUAUAAUAAAAUAACUUACAGAACAAUAAAGAAAACGUGUAAUUCU